AUGGCUGUUGACGACUAUCUCUUCCGCGAGACAGAUUCCCUUGUCCUCCCGCUCAAAACACUCUACCCUCUAUCAAUACCCGUCGCCCACUACCAGCUGCGCCACUACAUCAGCUGCGAGGGCGAAGACGUCCUCUAUUACGCCAGCGGCGCCGAACUAUUCUCUCUCAACACUUCGACCCAGAAGCGCACCCACAUCGCGACCCUCCCGUUCGACACGCGAUGCACGGCAUCCGGGCACGGCUGGCUAUGUUGCGGCGGUGAGGACGAGGGGCACUUUGCCGCGGUCAAGCUCACCGGCGGCUCCUCCUUGGCUGCAGACGUCGACGCCCUCUUGCCACUGGAUCUCGGAAACCGCCCCCUUGGUCGCCCGGCUACUUCAACCCCAACAGUGAAAUUGGAGAGGAUCGGAGAAGAAAUUGUGAACUCAAUAUCAAUCCAUAAGCUGGCCAGCGCAGAGGAAGGAGGAGAGGAUGAGGUAGUCGCAGUCCUCACCAACAACGACAAGACUGUCCGAGUCUACUGUCUAACACAUGGAUUAGAGGAGGCUGUACUGGACCUGCCCUUUCCCAUGAACCAUGCUUCAAUUUCGCCGGAUGGUAACCUAAUGGUUGCUGUCGGUGACUACCAUCAAGCCUUCUUCUUCGAGCGCUCCGGGUCGAGGCAAAGGACGCAAUCUACCAAAACGGACACGGCAGCGGGGGGAGGCCACUCCGAAUGGACGAAAAUAAGCGUUGCAAUGCUGCACAUUCCGGCGAACUCGUCAACUACAGGCUAUUUCACGACUGCGUGGUCUCCAUCAGGGAAACUUUGUGCGGUUGGCUCUGAGUGUGGCUAUAUCUCAGUAUUUGACACGGAUCUCCUGAGAGCAAGCGAAUUUGGCGAAGAUGCGAUCGUCCAGGUCAUCCGCUCAACGCGCCCUGACACCUCGCACGGUCCUGGUGCAGUGCGCACCAUGUGCUUCUCGCCUCAGCCAUGGGAUCUCUUGAUCUGGGCCGAAGACCAGGCGAGAGUGUGUGUUGCAGAUCUAAGAGAGGGGCUUCUGGCCAGGCAGGUUCUGUCUUUGGAUCCCAAGGAGGACAGCGUCAUCAAAAUUGAUACGCAGUUGAUCGACGUGGAAGAUGCCAGCGAGUCAUCGAACAACGAGCGGAAUCGCGAAAUUGCGCGGCUGGAGUCAGAAUUGAAUCAGGAGCAAGAUCUCAUCAACAGGCACAGACGGGCAUUGGCGUCGGCGGCAAAUGAUACUUCGGCAGCGCUCGAGGUUGUCGGUGAGUUCAUGAGUGCGGUUCUCCAGCGAAGGCGACAUGCUGGGGUCGUCGAGUCGGAUAAUGACCCGCACGGCUUGACAGCACAAGAGCGCUCCAUUCUCGAUGCGCUACGCACCAGAGAGCACCGGGACAUAGUGCAGCGCGAACGUGAAAGGAUUGCCUCGAUCCCUCGCAGCAUCAACUAUCCAAGCACGACUGGCGAAUCACGGGAACAGAGAGCAGAACUCUCGUCAGACAGCUUCCCGUCUUUGACCAGAAACCGCAGCAGCGAAGGCAGAAACAUAGCUCUGCCGUCUCUCGGCUCCCUCAGAGAUUUCCUCCGCGACCGCAGCGAACGUGAACGUGAGAGCGGCUCCACAAGCGACGAUGCCAAUCGGUCUUCGUCGAACACAGGCCCCGAGCCACCAGCAGCUGCUCGCCCGAGCAAUGCCAACACCACGUCUGCUCCACGGUCUAUGGAUCCCCUGAUCGAGAUGGGGCGGUUGAGACAGCUGGCUCGAGCACGUGAACGCGUACGCAACAUGCAGACUGCAUCUCGUGGUUUCGAUGAUUAUGGCGUGAUUGGUCGGCGAGUCGGCAUGUCUGGCCGCUUCAAUCCAGCCUUUGGUGUGAGAACUGCAGGGCUGGCAAUGAGUGAAGAUGGGCGGAAGCUGUACGUUGGUACUGAGGAGGGCAUCUUCGAGUUCGAGAUUGACGUGCGGGGCCGCAAGGGAUGGGGUGCGGUGCAACCGAGAUGA